CCUGAAUUUGCUAGCCAUUGUAUCAGCCAGAACCUUGCAGCACAGUCUUCUCUUCCCCAGUGAGAAAGUUAAAGUGACUGCAGGAAGCAGCUUGAUCACUGGCAGUUGCAGAGGGAAGCAGGGCUCAUUGGAGAACAGACUGAAGCAUAACUGCUGGAUUUGAAGAGAAGUCACUAGAAAUGUCUGAAGAGAAUUCAGGUGGCUACCAAGAGCAGCAUGACAAUCUGCAAAACCCUUUUACUUGCCCAAAGGACUUUGGUAUUUUCCAGAGCCAGCAUUUUAAAGAAAAAAACAAGAAGGAAAAUAAAUACUGGCAUUUGAAGGCCUGUGAUCAAACCACUUUGGCUUCUAGAGAAAGAACUAGCAUACAUGCAAAAAGACAAACUGCAUUGGAAAAUGAUAUAAAUGAAAAUAAACUGGAUGAAAAAUGUCAUAUGUCAACAAAAAGUGAUGAAAGCUGGGCUCCCCCCAUUACAAGAAAAUCCUUACUAUCCUAUAAAUCUAACUGCCUGAAACAAGAGACUGCAAAUGAAUUGCUUGAAAAACUAUGCUCCAUUAUUUGUGCAGAUUUCCAUACUGAAAAGGAGUCUUUGCAUAGUUACAUCCUUCAGAACAGAAAGAUGUUUCGCGGGCAGUUUGCUGCAGAUGUAAAAAUGAAUAUGAUAAAAUCAAUGGAAAGAGCAGCUUUAAAAGAAGAGGAAAAUGUAAAGAAUGCUGAAGAGAGACUUAAGGAGUACACUGCAUUGUAUGAAGAAUAUCUAGAAAGAAAUAAGAGAAACAAGGUGGAAGCCUUUAAAAUAUUAAAUCAAGAAAACAAAAUCAUGCUAGAAAUACAUGCAGAAAUACUGGAAAAAACUGGCAAACUUAUGGCAAUUAAAAGUGACAUUACACAAUAUCAAGAAUUAUUAAACGAAUAUAAACAGUAUGAAGAGUUCCUAAGACUUUUAGCCCCACCUGAAUGGCAAGAAAGUGAAAAUCAAAGGCGAUUAAACAGUCAACAGGCUAAAAGACGAGAAAAACAAAAAAGGCUCUCUUUGGUUUUGCCAUCAAUUAAAAAGGAAACAUCAAGAAGUAAAUUAAUGAGAAAAGAUGUCUCAAGGACCCACGAUAAAUCCCCCAUCUCUGGCACUGGAAGACAGCCUCCCAGGACUCCAUAUGAUCUCUUUAUGAAUGACACAAAUGAGAAGACAGAGGAUUUUGACAGCGAUGAGGAGCCAGAGCUGUAUUUUACACAUCCACAGCAACUUCUUCAAUUGUAUUCAGAACUAGAAGAAGAAUAUGUUUCUCAAAGCAAAAACUUCCAGGAAUUUGAAGAAAGGGUCCCAGAACCCCAGGAACAGGCUGUCAGUAUGCAGGAAAAAAUGGGUAAAAAAAUCCAUAUUGCCACCAAUCGGAAGGCUUUUCUCAUAGAGGCCUGUACCAGAGAAGAGGAGAAAACCACAGAUUUAGAACAAAAGGUUGAUAUAUUUUCCUGUAAAGAACAGGACCGAAUGUUAUCAACACUGAAUACAAAAGUUUCAGAGGUGUACAGAACAUGCUUUGGGGAUAUGGAAGAUACUCUAAGUACACUGCAUAUGUUAGCGAAUAUUGAAUUCUAUGUGGGAGAACUGUGUGAUAAAUUAGAAUCAACGCCGAAGGAUACUGUCCGUGCCAAGAAGAUUGCCAAACGAAAUGAACGCAUAAUGAAGUCUCAAGAUGAAAAAUGUAGCCUACAAAUGCAUAUACGCCGUACCAUAGGAAGAGCAAUGACAGAGUCAAAGAAAAAAGUGGGAAGAAAGCUAAUGAAGCGUUCUGAACCUCCAUCAACAAAAGUGAUUAGAAGUGAUGCUGUUAAUGCAAAGAUCCUAGAAGAACAACUGUAUUUCUUCUCAUAGGUUACCUAGCAAUUAUUUGAACAUAUUUUAAGGUUGUUCAUUACAGACAUGUACCUAUAAUAAAUGGUUGUCGCAUGCA